AUGGAAAGCACACCACCAGAUUACACUGGUCUGGAUCCCACCAUUGAUGCAGAAAUCAGGUCAAUAGCAGAAUCCGUCCAUAAAGAUAGGGUCGACGAUUACGACACGGAAAAGGGCACUGUGGGGAACGAAAAGCUGCUCAGAUCCGACACUGUCCAGCCUAACCUUGACGUCAAUCCUUACAUCGACAACUCGGACCCCCAACUCGAUCCGUUAUCUGACGAGUUCAACGCUCGUAAAUGGAUCAAGACCGUUUUGGGAUUGAAGCAGCGGUUUGGAGCAACCAAGCAUAUCACAGCGGGUGUGUCAUUCAAGAACCUGGCCGCUUAUGGUUAUGGAGGUGGCUCGCAGUACCAGAAGACUUUCUCUAACUCCGUUUUGGCGAUUGGCCCGAUGAUCAUGGAGCUGUUUGGAGGUAACAAGGGCACCAAGGUGCAGAUUCUAAGACACUUUGACGGUCUGGUGAGAGCAGGAGAGACCUGUGUGGUACUAGGAAGACCAGGAUCGGGAUGUACGACAUUCCUGAAGUCUGUGGCUUGUGAAACAUAUGGCUUUCACAUUGAGGAUAAGACAGAAUGGAAUUAUCAGGGCGUCCCAAGAAAGGUAAUGACUAAAAACGCCCGGGGAGAAAUCGUCUACAACGCAGAAGUGGAUGUCCAUUUCCCCCAUCUGACAGUCGGAGACACUCUCUUGUUUGCAGCUCUCGCUCGAACACCCCACAAUCGUCUGGAGGGAGUAUCACGUGAACAGUUUGCCAAACAUACGCGAGACGUUACUAUGGCAACCCUCGGUCUCACGCAUACUAUGGAUACCAAAGUUGGCAACGAUUUCGUGCGUGGUGUCUCUGGAGGAGAGCGUAAGCGAGUAUCUAUUGCCGAGUCUGUCGUCUGUGGAGCUCCUCUCCAGUGCUGGGAUAAUAGUACACGUGGGCUGGAUGCAGCCAAUGCCACCGAGUUCAUUCGGUCUCUUCGUCUGUCAGCCGAGAUGAUGGGCUCUUCAAUGUUUGUUUCUCUUUAUCAGGCAUCUCAAGAGGCGUACGACUUGUUCGACAAGGUCUGUGUUUUGUACGAGGGACGACAAAUAUACUUCGGACUCGCAAAGGAGGCGAAGCAGUUUUUCCUUGAUCUUGGCUUCGAGUGUGCAGACCGUCAGACUACGGGUGAUUUCCUCACGUCGCUAACCAACCCCAUUGAGCGAAUAAUUCAGCCCGGGUGGGAGAACAAGGUGCCUCGAACUCCUGACGACUUCGAAAAGUGCUGGAUGGAGUCACAGGCUCGUCAGAAGCUCCUACAAGAGAUUGAGGAGUUUAACACCGAGUUCCAGCUGGGUGGAGAGUCUCAGGAUCACUUCAUGGAGCUGCGAAAGGAGUCACAGGCUAGACACACUCGUGUCAAGUCUCCGUAUACGAUAUCAUGGCCCAUGCAGACCAGAUUGUGUCUCUGGCGUGGCUUUCUGCGUAUCAAAGGAGACAUGUCAACAGAUAUUUCCAUUGUGGUUGGAAACUUCAUCAUGGCCCUGGUUCUGUCUUCCAUGUUCUAUAACAUGCAGCAGACCACAGACACAUUUUUCUCUCGAGGAGCUCUUCUCUUUUUCGCUAUUCUGCUCAACGCCUUCUCUUCGGUCCUGGAAAUUUUAUCGCUUUACGAACAACGUCCGAUUGUGGAGAAACAAACGCGGUAUGCAUUAUACCAUCCAUUUACUGAAGCCUUGGCGUCCAUUCUGACCACAUUCCCUACUAAAAUCCUUACGCUCCUGGCUGUCAAUCUGACUCUGUACUUCAUGACGUACCUGAGACGUGAACCAGGUCCAUUUUUCAUCUUCUUCCUCUUCUCGCUUCUGUGUACACUUGCGAUGUCCAUGAUCUUCCGGUGCAUGGCUGCCAUCACCAAAACUCUCGAGCAAGCCUUAGCUCCUGCAUCAGUCAUCAUCUUGGCGCUUGUCAUUUACACUGGUUUCUCGCUUCCCAUCACUUACAUGCACGGAUGGGCUCGGUGGAUCAACUGGUUGAACCCAGUCGCUUAUGGAUUCGAGGCUGUAAUGGUGAACGAGUUCCGAAAUCGAGACUACGGGUGUGCUUCAUACGUCCCUACGGGAGGAGAAUACGACCAGAUUGAUCUCCAGUACAAGUCGUGUUCCGUUGUUGGCUCUGUACCUGCCGAAUCGUCGGUCAACGGCGACCGAUUUCUGGGUCUCGCGUACCAGUACUACAAUGCUCAUCUGUGGCGAAACAUGGGAAUCCUGUUCGGUUUUAUAUUCUUCUUUGGCUUCUGCUACCUGGUCGCGGUAGAAUAUAUUCAGGGCGCCAAGUCCAAAGGCGAGGUGCUCGUGUUCCGGAAGUCAUACCUCAAGAAGAUCAAGAAACAUGCUGCCAACGACGAGGAGGCUGGUGCGAUGAUGGCUGGUGAGAAGAGCGAGGAGCCUGCAUCCGAAGACUCCUCCAUUAACAUCCAGGCCCAAAAGGGAAUAUUCCAGUGGAAGGAUGUUUGCUAUGACACCAAAGUCAAGGAUGGAGAACGACGACUUCUGGACCAUGUUGAUGGUUGGGUCAAGCCAGGCACUCUGACAGCUCUGAUGGGUGCUUCAGGUGCAGGUAAGACUACCCUGCUCGAUGUUUUGGCUGACCGAAAAGCGACAGGUGUUAUUACUGGCGACAUGUUGGUCAAUGGAGAACCCAGAGACGAAUCUUUCCAACGAAAGACUGGUUAUGUUCAACAGCAGGAUAUUCACACGUCUACUGCUACCGUACGCGAGUCCCUCGAGUUCUCUGCUCUGCUUCGACAGCCGUCCAGCAUCUCAGUCAAGGACAAACUUGCUUACGUAGAUGAGGUUAUUCGAAUUCUUGAGAUGGAGGCUUAUGCUGAGGCUAUUGUUGGUGUUCCAGGCGAGGGUCUCAACGUUGAGCAGCGAAAGCGUCUAACGAUUGGAGUAGAGCUGGCUGCCAAGCCUGAGCUGCUGUUGUUUCUGGACGAACCUACAUCUGGUCUUGAUUCUCAGACUGCUUGGUCUAUUAUUAAACUACUCAAGAAACUGGCUGCAAAUGGACAGGCUAUUUUGUGCACCAUCCAUCAGCCCUCUGCUAUCCUCUUCCAGGAGUUUGAUCGACUUUUGUUCCUAGCCUCCGGAGGUCGAACCGUCUACUACGGCGAUAUUGGCCCUGAGUCUACCAUAUUGACAAGCUACUUUGAGAGAAACGGAGCUGACCCUUGUCCCAAGGAAGGUAACCCUGCAGAGUGGAUGCUAGAAGUGAUUGGAGCUGCUCCUGGAUCUACUGCCAAGAGAGACUGGCCUGUGGUCUGGAAUGAGUCGUCUGAACGAGCUGCCAAACGGGCAGAACUCGAUGAGAUGGCCCAGACCGUCGAGAGAACACAGACCAACAACACUGAGAGAGACGCGUCCGGCUACUCCGACUCGGACCAGUUCGCAGUAGGUCAAUGGACUCAGUUCAAGAUUGUCACCAAACGACUAUAUCAGCGAUUCUGGAGAACUCCAUCUUACCUGUGGUCCAAGAUUUUUUUGUGUACCGCCUCUGCCAUCUUUAUUGGUUUCUCCUUCUUCAAGGCACCUUCUGAUAUCCAGGGUAUGCAGAACAAAAUGUUCUCCUUCUUCAUGCUGUUCCUGAUCUUCAACACUGUUGUGGAGCAGAUCAUUCCUCAGUUUGACCAGAUGCGAGAGCAAUACGAAGCACGAGAACGGUCGUCCAAGACAUACUCGUGGCAAGUGUUCAUGGCAUCCAAUAUGGUAGUCGAGCUGUCUUGGCAAUUCCUCAUGGGUGUAAUUGUCUUCUUCUGUUUCUACUACCCUGUGGGAUUCCAGUGGACAGCUGAGCACAACAAUUCUGUCCACGAACGAGGGGCUCUUUUCUUCCUCUACGUUCUUUUGCUCUUCCUUUACAACUCCACAUUUGCCCACAUGAUGAUUGCGGGUAUUGGUAACAAGGACACUGCUGCCAAUAUUGGUAACUUGUUGUUUUCUCUCAUGUUGCUGUUCUGUGGUGUUCUGGCCACCAAAGAGCAGAUGCCUGGCUUCUGGAUCUUCAUGUACAGAGUUUCGCCUCUUACCUACUUUGUUGGAGGAAUGCUGGCAACAGGUAUUGGACGAGCCCCGGUAACGUGCUCUGGAAACGAAAUCGUCAGAUUCCAAACAUUCCCUGGAAAAUCGUGUGGGGAGUAUAUGCAGGGGUUCAUUCAGGCUCUAGGCGAUAAUGGGGGUUAUCUGUUGAAUCCUGCAGCCAAUGAGUUGUGUGAGUAUUGCCCCAUGAAGUCUUCAGAUACGUAUCUGAGUAUGGUUGAUGUCUCCUAUACCCAACGAUGGAGAAACUGGGGUAUUAUCUGGGCGUACCCUGUAUUCAAUGUGGCCAUGGCCUUCCUGCUCUACUACGUUUGCCGAGUUCCCAAGAAGAGCAAAGCUCAGAAGGCUUGA